GCCGCAAGCAGUGCAUCAAAAGUCAGGUUCCGAAAUUUUCUUGAUUCCUCUCUGCCUGGGAAAAAUCCCCUGUGAAAAAAAGAAAACAACUUUUUCUACUUUCAUUGUUGCCCGCCAGAAGGACAAGGCUGCUUCUAGGACAGCCCGAGUCAACAACCCUUCUUUUCUUCGAUUCGCGGCCUUUUGACGCUUGCUUGGUCCACCCAUCCCUCUCAAAACCCCCCCCGGGUGUCGUCAUACCCCGUUUAGUCACCUUUCCAACUCUUAGCACCAACAACCGUUUACCUGUCUCCGAGAUUCCAUCCCUAGAAAGGGGAGUCUUCCUUGUGAUUUUCCCUGCUCUUCUUCCCAUCAUCCAUGCGAGUCACGCAGCCAAAUCCACCAUGAGUACCAUACAGAGCCUUAAAAAUUUCAUCCGCCAUGGGAAACAAGCCCGCGCUGGUACCCCUCAUGGCGAACCUACCACCAAUGUCACCGCCGUCCACGUGGAGCGCCAGAGAGAACCACAGUCACAGCAGCCACAAUAUGCCGGGUUCGGUGGCCUUGACCACACGGCCGCGAAGUACGACCAGAAACACCCGCAGCCGUCGCAGCAGGAAUCCGCCGCUACCGUGAAACCCUCUCGUGCCCAUGAACAGGAGAUCGAACAGAUUGUUGCCGAGGAGAAAUUGAACAGCUCUACAAUGCCUUCCUACCCGGGCCUGGAGCGCUGGAUACUACUAAAGAAGAUGGGCGACGGUGCGUUCAGCAAUGUGUACCGCGCUCGGGACAGCACAGGAAAAUACGGCGAGGUCGCGAUCAAGGUGGUUCGCAAGUUCGAGAUGAGCGCCAAACAGCGAGCCAACAUCCUCAAAGAAGUUCAAAUAAUGCGCCAGCUAGAUCAUCCAAAUAUCGUCAAGUUGAUCGAAUUCUCCGAAUCUCGACAAUUCUACUACAUCGUCCUUGAAUUGUGCCCCGGCGGCGAGCUAUUCCAUCAGAUCGUUCGUUUAACCUACUUUAGCGAGAAUCUAAGCCGUCAUGUCAUCGUUCAGGUUGCAAAGGCGAUAGAAUAUUUGCAUGAAACGUCCGGGGUCGUCCAUCGCGAUAUCAAACCUGAAAACCUAUUAUUCUAUUCCAUCCCUCAUGUCCCGACAAAAAAUCCCAAGCCUCCCGUCCCUGGUGAAGAAGACAAGGUGGAUGAAGGAGAAUUCAUCCCAGGAGUCGGUGCGGGCGGAAUUGGCACGAUCAAAGUUGCCGAUUUUGGUCUAUCAAAGGUCAUUUGGGACAGUGAAACAAUGACACCAUGUGGCACGGUCGGUUAUACGGCUCCUGAAAUUGUCAAAGACGAGAAAUAUUCGAAGAGCGUCGACAUGUGGGCCCUGGGAUGUGUUCUCUAUACACUUCUGUGCGGUUUUCCUCCGUUCUACGACGAGAGUAUCCAGACCUUGACCGAGAAGGUUGCGCGUGGCCAGUAUACAUUCUUGUCCCCCUGGUGGGAUGAUAUCUCAAAGUCUGCGCAAGAUCUUGUGUCACACUUACUUACGGUCGAUCCCGAAAAACGCUACACAAUUCGUGAGUUCCUAAACCACCCAUGGAUCCGUCAAACAAACGAGGAGACGCACGCAGCGGAGGAUGCCCCGCCACUAGCUACCCCUCUAGCGAUCCAAAAUCAACUUCUCGAGACACCUUUUAACGAUAAAAGGGUUGAUUUCCGCUCCCCCGGCGCAAUAAACCUUCGUGAAGUCUUCGAUGUCGGAUACGCCGUCCAUAGGCAAGAAGAAGAAGCCAAGCGGCGGAAAAAUUUCAAACAAGGCUACCGUGGUGCCAACAUGGCAGGACCCUACCGGGGCGACCUCAAUCCCGUCACAGAAGACUAUGACGAUGAAUACGACGACGAUGAUGAUGAUGAAGAAAUGCUUUAUUACGACCACGACAACUAUGCCGCUGCUACAUCCUCUCUCCCGUCCAAGGUCCGCCGCACAGAUGCUACCGAUGUAGCAGGAAUGGAAUCAAAGCUCCGUGCAACAAACUUGGGAUCAUCGCAGCCGAGUGCCGCCGCACAGGCAAGACAAGCAGCUGCCGGUGCGGGUCAAGGACGCAGAUAUCAUCACUAUCAGCAACCUGGCGGGUAUGGACAACACAGCGCCGCCGUUGCAGCAGCGGCACGGGAGACUGCGGCUAUAUCGGCGAACCAGCCCUUCGAACUGAGUCUCGACAAUGCGACCUUGUUGGAGAGGAGAGGACGGCGGCUAGGACAGGCCGCUUCGUAAAGAGGAAAAAAGAAACAAGAAAAAAAUUCCGAAAAUUGGUGUCCCUUCUAUCUUCCCCUUUUCUUUUGUUUGAAACUAAAGGCUUCAAUUAUUGGGGCUUGACGUCCGGGUUUGGUUUUCCGGUGUUAUUUUGUAUUUUCUUUUGCAUUUGCGCCAUCUGCGCCAUUCGAUACUGCACGCGAGAGUUGGGCUGUAGAUACCAGAGUAUACAUACUUUUACCUUUUCCUUUUCCUUUUUUUUUUUUUUUUUCCAACGCCAAUUUAUAAAUAUUGGCCAUGGAUCUUUGUGUCCUUUUAGCAUGGCAUAUGAGUUCAGCAUGAAGGUCAUAUCGAAACCCCACGAACGGCUUUUGCAUCAUUGCAUGGAAGAGUUACUUGCUUCAAUUCAAGUUCCCUUUUCUUUUUAAA